UAAUGCCAAUGCCAUAACCUCAAUAAACAGUCCCCCGCAAAGCCUUGCUAGAUGCAGGAUAUCUAAUUUCUGCUUAGAUUUGCAAAUUCCGCGUUGAUCUUUCUCUAAGCAUCCCAAAAUGGAGAAGAAAGAAAAUAAGCGUGCCCUCUUUAUAAAGAAUUUCCCCCCAAUGUUCUCAUUGAGUGACAAAACUGAGCUAAUGCGAAACUUUGGGGCCAAUGAAGUGACUUUAGUUGGAACAAAUUGUGGUCGUGCAUGUUUUGGAUCAGAACAGGAAGCAGAAAUGGCCCUUUCCCGGCUUCAUCAGAUGGACAUCUUGGGGUAUAGGUUGUGUGUGACCUAUGCUAAGGAGGCUUGCCUGAAGACUGAACCGUAUUUGCGGGGAAUGCCUUUGGAGAAGAAUAAGGGGAGAGGUGUGAAUGGUAGUAUUGAGGGUGAUAGGCUGGAAUUGGAGAAGUUUGUCGGAAGCCUUCUGGCUAUAAAUCAUCGGCUGAAUUUCAAUCAGCCUCCAGCUUCGUAUUUGAGGUAUAAGUAUCCACCAGCGACGCCGGAAAUUGUUAGGGCUAUUGGAUACAAUAUGCUAGGGAUACCCAAGUUCUAUCAUCAGGUUGUGCACAUCAUGAAUAGGAUGAAUCUCGUGCCGCCGUUUCAUGGGGUGGGUCCAAAUAGGAAUACGCAGGAUGUGGCUGUGCAGGUGAAUACUUUGGGUGAGGUUGGUGACUUGAAGAAGUGGAAGGAGAAUGGCUGUGGGAAGGAACGAGAGAAUCUUGUGGCAUCGGAUGAGAGUGAGAUGGAAUCGGGGGAUGAGGCUGGAUGUGGGAGGGUACUUCAGCGUUUGGCGUCAAAGCGCAAAAAUUCUCAGAGUACCAAUGAUUCUUCUCGGAAAAUUCGAUCGAUUCUCAAUGCAGAGAAGCAUAAGACGUUGGUGUUGAAGAGUCAGGAGAGCACUCCAGCACCAUCGGAGGUUUUUGACAAUGCCAGACAGAUUGCUGAGAAGUCCAGUAAGCCUCCGGGUUUUGUGUUUAAUGUGCCCAAAAGCAUUGAGAAUUCUGCUCCUACGAGCAAAGCUCCAUCGAGUUCCAGUAGCUCCUCUUCAUCCUCAUCUUCCAGUACAUGUGCCUCUGUCUCGACAUCCUCCCAGGUAAAUGCCUUCCUGUCUGAUCGUCAACUCACGGAGAAUCGUAUGCCAGGAGAUCAGCUUGCCACGAUGCCUGUCUUCAAUCAGUACACUCCAGGAGUUCCCUCCAAUCAACUGUACGUGAAGAAUCUGGCCAAAGAUGUCACCCAGGAUGAUCUCAAAUUCAUCUUCGGGAGGUAUUCCAAGCGCCGUGGAGACAUCCAGAUUGACUGCAAGUUCCAGGGCAAGCUCCGUGGACAGGCUUGGAUUAAGUUUGACACUGAAACUGGCACGAAAGUUGGAGAGCGCCAGGUAGAUCGGGCUCUUCGCGAGAUUCAUGGGUACAUUCUCAAGAAUAAACCUCUUCAUGUAUCCUACGCCAAGUCUGUCCAUUCUCUCAAGUCUGGACAUUUUCAGUGAUCAUCUAAUUCCUCCGGAAACGCCAAAAAAAAAACUGCCAUAGGAUAACAGUGAACUUACCCAAAUUUUAUCCAUUGUAAUAAGUUUAAGAAAAAAGCGUUUAAAAAAAAACUGAACUCAUUUUUUUCUAUUGAUUAUCUCUUUUAUUUACACCCUAAAAAAAUAGUUUUUUUUUCUUGCUAAUUAGAAAAAUUUAAGGAUAUUUCUAUCUGGGUAUUUAGUUUUUCUUUUUAAAUAAAUAAUUCUUUAUGCUUGUUUUUUUUUUAGAUAAUUUUUCACAUAUUCUUUUUUUCUUUUUUAGAACAUUUACUAAUAUGAAUUGUCUUUCGCGUCUCCAAAACAAAAAAAAAACAAUAAACUGUACUGAAUUCACUGAUUUUCA